AUGCCGUUUGAGCUGAAGUCUCUGGAAGUCUGCCUGGACUCGAUCACGUCUUACCUGAACCGCCUGGCGUCAGACCUGGAAGCUGCCGCGUACCCGGCGCUCGACGCGCUCACGGGCCGCGUCACGGCGCACAACCUGGAGCGCGUGCGGCGCAUCAAGGGGCGCCUUGUGCGGCUGUCGACGCGGGUGGAGACGAUAAGGGAGGUGCUGGAGGGCUACCUAGAUGAUGACAACGACAUGCACGACAUGAACCUCACAGCCAAAGAGCUGCACGCCGCGCAGCAGGCCGCGGAGGCCGCGCAGGCCGCGAGGCGCAGCAGCAGCAGCGCCGCCGCGGGCACGCCCGGCGGCGCCCUCGCGCGCGGCGCGUCGCUCGGCCGCGGGCCGCUCGCGCGCCAGUCCCUCGCCCGCCAGUCCCUCGGCCGCCGCAGCCGGGGCGGCGGCCUCGGCGACCGGUCGUCUUCGUCGUCUUCUUCUAGCAGCAGCAGCAGCAGCAGCAGCGGGAGCAGCAGCGCAGUAGAGGAGGAGGUGGCUGAGGUUGAGAUGUUGUUGGAGGCGUAUUUUAUGACUGUGGACAACACGUACAACAGGCUGCAGACCCUGAACGAGUACAUCGAGGACACGGAGGACCUGGUGAACCUGAAGCUUGACCAGCACCGCAACCAGUGCCUGUGA